GUGAAUGUCUGAAUCGGGUCAAGUGUACGUGGAUUUUAGACAGACUUUCACGGCACAGCGACGCGACAAAUAAAUUACAAAAUAACUAAUAUAAAUAGUGUAAAUAGUAAACGAUAAACCAUAGUAACUUAGGAUAUGAAAUCAAACGUUUGAAACCAAUUAAAUUUAACUAAAUAAUAUAGAUUCAUACAUAGUAUUGUAGAAUACAAUAAAUGCGUCUGACUCAGAGCUGCUGAUAAAACCAAGAGAAAAGAAAACGAAAAAGCAAGCAUAACUAAUUAUUAAUUAUUGAUAAUGGCACCAACACGCAGGCCCAGCGAUGGGUUAUUGGCGCGCGUCAAUUUUCCUCUCUACGCCGUCGAUAUGCUGACCAGCCGCCACAUUCUGGUUGCCGGUGGAGGCGGCUCCAGCAAAACAGGCGUCGCGAAUGGCUUCGAAAUCUAUGAGCUUUAUCACAAUGGCAGCCAUUUUUGUGCGGAAGAGGUGCUCCGCCAUGAGACGGGCGCCAAUGUGGUCAUGAAUUUCGCAGUGCGCAACAGCGGACGACGUGCCUAUCUGUGUGCCGGCCAGGAGGCACAUUGUCAAAUGUAUUAUGUGCAGCCGCGUAUCGAGUCCGAGGAGGAUGGAGACAGGGAUCGAAAGCCAGCGCCAGUGGAGCGCCCGCACGAGAAUGGCGUGCGACAGCGUGGCGCUGCACACUCUGGCGUCGAGGCGCUACCCAAUGGCCAUAACAACAGACAACAGAACCAGAGCAGCGGUACCAGCAAUCAGGAGCUGCUCGGCAAACUGCAUCGGCUGCGCUUCGACAUUCAGGCAGCGGAUGUGGUGCAGACGGAUUUCUUGAAGAGCGCCGAGCCGUUGCAGCGCGUGGUGCGCAUCAGUGGCAAUGGCCAGCUGAUGGCAACCGGCGGCACCGAUGGCCAUCUGCGCAUCUGGAGUUUUCCACAGAUAAAGCUUAUCAAGCAGCUGGCGGCACAUACAAAAGAAAUCGACGACCUGGACUUCAGUCCCGAUUCCAAGUGCAUUGUAAGCAUUUCGAAGGAUGCCCAGGGCAUUGUGUGGGACCUGAGCACAGGCAAGCAGCAUUACAAGCUGCAAUGGCAAACGCCGGAGGGCGCUAAAUACCUAUUCAAGCGCUGUCGCUACGGCACUGUGGAGGCACACAAGGAUAACUAUCGGCUCUUCACCAUAGCCAAUCCGCUGGGCAAGGUGGGCAAGCAACGGGGCUAUCUACAGCAAUGGGAUUGCACGAGCGGCCAAUUGCGGGCAGCGGUGCCCAUCGAUGAGAGUUUAGCCUCGCUCGCUGUGCGGGACGAUGGACGCUUUGUGGCCGUCGGCACCAUGUUCUCCGGCAGCGUAUCCAUGUACAUAGCCUUCAGUCUGCAGCGUGUGCUGCACAUUCCUCAUGCUCACUCGAUGUUUGUGACCGGGCUGCAGUUCCUGCCCAUUACCAACGAGGAGGGUCCGCCCAUAUCGAGCGACACGGAAGCAGCCGUUCUAUCCAUCUCCGUCGACAAUAAAGUGUGCAUACACAGUCUGCAGCAGCGAAGCACGAUUCCCGCCUGGCUGGCCAUUGUCUUUAUGAUUGUGAUGAUCUUUGUGGUGUUCGUGUUCUGCUCCUACAUUGGCAUUUGAGACUGUCUGGACUGGUGGUCGACCAGCGAAAUCAAUUUGCAUUAUUAGUUGAUAAACAAUGUUUAGUUUUGUAAUAGACCCCAUGCCCCUGCCCCAUCUCCUCCUCCUCUGAACACCCCACUGAAUAUUAUUUUAAGUGUAUAGUUGUUUUUUUGUGCCGGCUGCCUUAUCUCUCGUACACUCCUCUCAAAGUCAUUUUCGUUAUUGUAUCAUAAUUUUGCUUUAACUAUCUCAAAUUUGCCGUUGUAGUUAAUAUAUAUGUACACAUAUAUAUACAUGUAUGUAUG